AAUUCGUUCGUGCGGGAUGCGGCGGACACCAUCGGACCCGCGGUCGUGCGCAUAGACAGCGAUCAAGCGUCGCUGAGGAAGGCGAUGACGGUGAGUGGAUCGGUGAGCGAAGGACGGGUGGGCGGGAAGCCGACGAGCGGGCGAAGCGGCGUGAUUCGCGGCACCGGCUGCGGAUUGGUGAUCGAUGCCGAGGAAGGGUACGUGGUGACGAACAGUCACGUGGUGAAGCGGGAGGAAAAGGUUAAGGUGACGUUCAUCGAUGGGAACGUGUACGACGGGGAAGUGAAAGGGGUGGAUUCGUUGACGGAUAUCGCGCUGAUUAAGCUCAAGCCGCGAGCGGGGCACGCGCUGCCGGUGGCGACUUUAGGGAAUAGCGACAGCGUCGAGGUUGGGGAUUACGCCAUCGCGCUCGGGAACCCUUUGGGUUUGGAUAACAGCGUGACUUUGGGGAUCAUCAGUAACGUGCACAGGACUUCGGCGGAGCUCGGGAUUACGGACAGGCGGGUCGAUUUCGUGCAGACGGAUUGCGCCAUCAAUCCGGGGAAUUCCGGCGGGCCACUGGUGAAUGAAUUCAGUGAGGUCGUCGCGUUGAACACUGCCAUCCGCGCCGACGCGGAAGGCAUCGGAUUCGCGAUCCCGAUCAACACCGUGAAGCGCGUUGCGAGUCUACUCGCCAACGGCGAAAAGGUGCCGCAUCCGUUCAUUGGUAUACGCAUGGUAGAUAACUUCACAGCGAACUCAGCGUUUGGUGACCGCGCGCUGGAACUUCCGGUGGGAACUGUGAUAGUAGACGUGAUCGAAAAGUCACCCGCUGCUCUCGCGGGACUGGCUGUCGGCGAUGUCAUCACCGCCGUCAACGGCGUCGUGAUGAACGGCGCGCAAAUUCUCGAUCGCGUA